AUGAAGUCAAAAAAGGCACAUCUCCCCAUACGCAUCCUCACUCAUAACAUCCGGUAUGCUACCUCCCAGCCGUUUAGAGGGGAAAAGCCAUGGGCAGAGCGGAAGCAGUUGCUACUCAAUGAGCUUGUCUACAACACCCGACACGUUGCCGAAUCUUUCGUCUGUCUACAAGAAGUUCUCCAAGUCCAAUUGAAGGACAUUAUUGACGGACUGAAUCAAUCCGCAAAAUCAGGGGAUCAAUGGGCUUACAUUGGAGUCGGCCGAGAUGAUGGCAAAAAGAACGGGGAAUACUCGCCGAUAUUGUAUAAACCGGCAACGUGGCAGCUGCACCACUGGGAAACCGUGUGGCUCUCUGAGACGCCUGAGAAGCCCUCGAAGUCAUGGGAUGCAGCAUCAACCCGCAUCGUAACGAUUGGAGUUUUUAAGCAUCAGGCCACUGGCAAAUUUCUGCUUGUAUUAAGUACCCAUUUAGACGACCAAGGGCCCCGGUCCCGAUUUGAGGCAGCCCGUAUCAUUCGUCGUAAAAUCGAUGGAUACUUAGACGGAUCAUACGAUGAGACAAUCUCUGGAGUCAUCCUCGCAGGCGACUUCAACAGCCAAGAAGACCAAGAAGCAUACCAGGAUUUAACGGCAGAGGACUCGCUCCUGGUCGACAGCCAGAAACUCACCAAGGCGGAGGAACGCUAUGGUAACGACAUAACCUGGACUGGGUUUGGAUACGAAGAUGAGCCGAAGAAGAGAAUCGACUAUAUCUUGCUAGGGCCUGUUGACAAGACAUCUUCCGCACCGCCGCCUUGGGAAUCCGUUGGAUAUGCUGUCCUGGCGAGUCGGUUUGACGAUGGAGUCUGGAACUCUGAUCAUCGUGCGGUGGUAGUCGAUGCCGUCUUGGUUGAUCUUUAG